AUGGAGUUCUUCAACUCUGCUCUUGGGAAAAACAUCACUUUUGUGCGUCCUGCGUAUUUCAUAAUAAGUGGUUUAUCUGGCAUCCCAAAUAUAUUGUAUUACUAUGUUUUUCUCUUUUUUCUUUAUAUUGUUUCAGUGCUGGGAAACACAAUUGUGAUGGCUGUAAUAUGCUUGGAUCGUAAUCUGAGAACUCCAAAAUAUAUUGCAGUUUUUAACUUAGCAUUUGUGGACCUGUUUGGUAACUCUAUUUUGGUGCCAAAGGUUGUUGACAUUUUUCUGUUUAACCAUCACUACAUCCCAUACAACGACUGCUUGACAUUCUUUUUUUUCUGCUACACCUGCCUUUCAAUGCAGUCAUUUAAUCUGGUUGCACUCUCCUAUGACAGACUGAUGGCUAUCAUCUUCCCACUGCACUAUCACGUGAAGGUGACCCAUAGGUUCAUGUUUUCUUUGAUUGCCUUUUUCUGGGUAUUUGUUUUAAUUGCUCAACUCAUUGCAAUUGGUCUUCUUACAAGACUUUCCAUCUGUAAAUCUGUGGUUAUUAACAGCUAUUUCUGUGACCAUGGCCAGAUAUACCGACUUGCGUGCAAUGACCAUUUUCCCAAUUAUGUCAUUAGUUGUUUAUACCCAGUUGUUAUGUUUUGGGUUCCACUCGUUUUUAUCUUGUUAAGUUACCUAUAUAUUGUCUGUACUUUGGCUAAAGUGGCCACAGUUCAACAAGGACUCAAGGCCUUUAAAACAUGCAUAGGUCAUCUCUCAUUAGUGGCAAUUUAUUUCAUCCCACUGUUAAUCACAUGUACCUUGAUGGAAAAUAUACAUCCAAAUGCCAGGAUCAUAAACCUGUCUCUGACCUCCGUGUUCCCUCCCAUGUUGAACCCGAUCAUUUAUGUUCUGCAGACACAAGAAAUCAAAGAAUCUCUCAGUAAGUUAUUAAAAACCAGAAUGCGUUCCAAAAUUCCGAUUAUUAAAAAUGACCAUACUGUAAACAUAAUGUGA